AUGGGAUCUACAAGUAGCUCAAGUCAGAGUAGUAGGUCUAUACCAGUUUGUUCUAAUCGUGGAAGGAAACAUAGGGGUGUAUGCUACCGUGCAUUUGGUGCCUGUUUUCGAUGUGGCAAGACAGGCCAUGUAGAGAGAGAUUGCCCACUUAGAUCUGAUAAUGCCAACCGUCCUGCAGUAAGUUUAGCCGGAUCUGCUUUUGUAGCUAGAACAAAUAUGAGAGCUAACACCGGGAGAGAAACCUUGAGACAAGGCCUAGUUUUUGCAUUAGUGCCUGGUGAUGUGCAAAACAGUAAAGCUGUGGUGUCAGGUUCUAUGGUAUGCGCGUAUGUUUAUCCAGCACGUGACAUUGUGAUUGGUGGCAUGACAUUAUAUGUUGAUUUAUUGCCUUUGGGAAUUGAUCAUUUGAAUUGUAUAUUGGGUAUGGAUUGGUUAACGAAGCACUGUGCAUCUAUUGAUUGUGUGAGUAAAUUUGUUGUAUUUCGUCCACCUGGGUUACCAGAAUUUGUGUUUGCUGGAAAUGGGGUAGUUCCUCUACCGUAUGUGAUCUCUUUUAUGAAAGCCAGUAAAUUGCUGCGAAUGUCGAGGUUACCUAUGUUGUGUUUGGAAUAUAAAAAUGGAUAA